GAUCAGUGUAGCCUACCUACCGAGGUGGAGGGACGAUGCCACCGUCUCGUAAUAACGGACAGUGCACGAACAGACCGCGUCAUCGAAAUUAAGAAUAUAAACCGUUAUUGAAACAGAUUGGGGAGAAAAUAAAGGGAAAGACAGUUUAUGCAAUUAAAAAAUAUAUCUUCUCCGAAAGAAAGGAAAAUACUUAAAACUGUAGGAACUCCCUGGCUCACAUCCACAAAAGUGAUUCUGUCAUAAUGAAGAAGAGCAAUCUAGCCAAACGGGGUCCUCAAGAUGUCAACCAGCUGUCAUCGCAGCCAGACAAAGUAGGCUGGAUCCGCAAGUUCUGUGGCAAAGGGAUUUUCAGGGAAAUAUGGAAAAACCGUUUCGUGAUACUGAGAGGAGACCAUCUGUACAUCUCUGAGAAAGAGGUGAAGGAUGAGAGGAAGGUCCAGGAGUUGUUUGACCUGGCUGACUACGAACGCUCUGAGGAGCUGCGCAAGGCCAAGAGUCGCAGUAAGAAGAACCACAGCAGGUUCACCCUGCUUCGCUGCAAGCAGCCUGGGAAUAUGGUGCCCAAUCUUGUGUUUUUGGCCGUUAGCCCUGAGGAGAAGGAGUCAUGGGUCAAUGCCCUCAAUACAGCCAUCAUCAAAGCCAAGAACCGCAUUUUUGACGAGGUCACAAUUGAAGAGGACAGUGUCCUGGUGCACCCUACACGUGAUCGUGUCAAGAUUCCCCAUGCACGGCGCUUGCCCACCCGGGGACACCUCAUGGCUGUGGCAUCCACCUCUUCAGACGGAAUGUUGACCCUUGACCUUGUCCACGAGGAAGAUGGCUCCACCCCAGAUGAUGAGGAAGAAGGCUUCUGGGAAAAUAACUUCCGGGUUGACCUAGACAAACGGACCACAGGUCGUCAGCGUUCUGGCACAGAUGUCUCCAAACUCUGUGUCACCACAAGGGACCCAAGGGUACCCAAGACGGGCAGCCUGCCCCGCGGGAGCGAGCUCUCCUGGGGCCGUGCGCACCAUCUUGAGGCUCAAUCCCACACCCCUCAACCAGGGAAGAGGUUCAGUGCCCAGGGUAGGAGCCGCUGUGCCUCCAUGGACGAGGUCCUUUCCUCACGGCCAGUCAGAGGUGUCCUUCGCCCUCGCCCCACAGAUGAACCUGUCCAGCCUGUUGGACAACUGCAGAGUCUUAUCGCCCAGAAAAUGCAGAGGGCUCAGGAACUGCUGGAAGAAAUGCGAUUGGAGGAACUGCAACAUGCAAAGGGAAUUGACUCGCCCUAUCUGAAGGGCAUUGACUCGCCUCGCUUGCACCAUCUGAGAGGGUCUGAGUCUCCUCACUCCAGGGCCUCAGGCUCACCUCGCAGUAAGAAUAGUGACUCCCCACGUUUGAGGGUAAAAGACUCGCCUCGUUUGAAGGGGAAAGACUCGCCUCGUAUGAAGGGCAAGAAGUCCCGCUCAAAAGGUACAGACUCACCCCAUUCAAAGAGUGAUGACUCUCCUAAUUUGAGGGGUAAGGACUCUCCCCGUCUCAGGGUUACAGACUCUCCCCGUCUCAGGGCUGCUGAUUCUUCCCGUUUCAUGGAAACACACUCGCCAAGUCUGAAGGGUUCUGAAUCCCCACGUCUCAAGAACAUUGGUUCACCGUUUUCAAAAAGUUUUGACUCAUCUAGUCUGAAGGAUUCUGUCUCGCCUCGCAUCAAGGAUACUGAUUCUCCUGUUCUGAGGGGUAAGGACUCGCUAAAUAUAAUUGGCAAGAAUUCUCAGAGUCUGAAGAGUAUCGGCUCAACUUGUCCGAAGGGUGCUGACUCGCCCCAUCUGAAGGGUGCUAACUCUCCCCGUCUGAAGGGUGCUGACUCGCUCCGUCUGAAAGGUAAUGACUCGCCCCAUAGUAAGAGUGCACACUCACUUAUCAGUGACUGUGAUUUGGAGAGUAGACGGGCGGAGGCGGAGCGUCUUCUGCAGGAAGCCGUCUCCUCCUGGCGUCAGGCUAAGGAGGUGCUGGAGGAGGUGAAGGAGCUGCAGACGCAGUCACUAAACCGCCGCUCCGAAAAGAAAACAAUGGAGAGGCCCCCAACACCGCCACAGGACUAUAGGCUGGGGGACCAGUGACUCUGUCGCCAACACAGCUGAAAAGCAUGCUGGCUUCUCUCCAAACAAAGACAAUAAGAAAGAGCACUAGGGGCAUGGAGUAAAUGUUCUGUCACGUUUUUGUUGUCAUUGCUUUCCAGUGUUGAAGCACAAAGCUUUUAGGCUUCACUGCUCAUUUUACACUGUUCUAUCUUGAUCCUUGUUUCCAUACCGUAUACUAGUCAAAUUAAGCUGAGCAAGUCAUGACAGAAUUAUUUUAUUAGCACGGCUGUUUCCUUGCUGGUGUGAAUAGGUUAGAUGGACCUUGACCUCAUAAUAUGAUUCUGGGCAUUUGUUUUUGUUCCCUUUGUCAAAGGCUCUGUGGUCCACUCUGUGGUCCACUCUGUGGUCCACUCUGUGGUCCACUCUGUGGAUGGAGGGAUGGGCGUCUGGGCUGUGGAAGCAGAGCAGAGCUUAAUCCUGGUUUGUGGAUGGGGGGUGACUCAGACUGAGAGGCAUAAACAAGGCUAGAGUGGGGGUGCCCUGCCUCGGUGACACUGACACCCCCAAGGAAAGUCAUGCUGUUCAUGUAUUUACAUUUAUUAUCCGCCAGAGGUCGAUUAGGUUUCAUUGCAAAAUGCUUUGCACUGUAAAUAGAAGUAUGAAAUGCUUUUUUAUAAUGGACAAAUGGAAUGAGAAUGUUUGCGUGGAAACAUUGUCUGAGGAGCAUUAUUUCAGUCUGAAAUGCAUACAUGGAGAAGAUGCCUGGGAUUUCUCUCUUUCGGUUAGCUUCAGUUAUUGACAAGGUGCAGUCCAGUCCAAUGACCUUGAAGCCACAAGAUUUCCCCCAGUCAGAAACCUAGUAUUGUAGUUGUUGGUCUUCUCAGAGACCGAAUGCAAAAGGUGAUCUUUCUCUUACUCUGAGCGCGUUAUGUUUAUUUUAUUUUAUUUUACCUUUAUUUAACCAGGCAAGUCAGUUAAGAACACAUUCUUAUUUUCAAUGACGGCCUGGGAACAGUGGGUUAACUGCCUGUUCAGGGGCAGAACGACAGAUUUGUACCUUGUCAGCUCGGGGGUUUGAACUCACAACCUUCCGGUUACUAGUCCAACGCUCUAACCACUAGGCUACCCUGCCGCCCCAGGGCGUGUCCUGAGCUGAGCAAUACUAUUCCAGGGACAGAUUCAAGAUGUUAACAUUCUGCAAUCAAACUGAUUCAUUUGCCAAGCUGGAUUCCUGACAUGUAUAGCUAAAACUCACAGACCACUUUGAUUGCAAGGAUAUCAAGUGACUAACUGCUUCGCUUUAUUAAAUACACUUCUAUUUUCGG